GUUGUUUUACCAAAUCGGUGAGAAUAGCCAUGGCGGGGUGUUGUUAUUAGUUAGGAAUGAUUUAGUUACGCAAAGAGUCGAUAUUGCUCUACCUAAUGUGUGUGCGGUUGAUAUUGAAUGCCGGUGUACUCAAUUUGAAGAAAAAAUUCGAAUCAUCAGUGUGUAUGCACCGGACAGUAAAACGUGGAGCUGGUCGGACUUGUCUAUUCUUUCAACUGCCUGUUGUGUUUUUAUUGGAGAUUGGAACUUUUUAUCAAAAACCACAAAUCCGGGAACCGAAAGCCUUGUCGGGAUAUUUACUCUGAAGUGUCCUCUACAAAUUGGUGGAAAAAACCGGGUGGGGGAACCCUCCUUAAGGUACGCACCAUUCAACUGAGUAAUCAAAGGUGAAGAAAUUAGAAUAGUUUGAUAUCUCUGCUUGGCUAUAUGACGCAUGUCUUGAGCUCCUAGACAAUAUAUACUGAUGGGUUUUAUACACACACGUAUAUUCGCAUUUUGAACUACAAUACUGUUAUAUAAAUUUAUUAUUUGUCUGCUAAUUACUGAACCUUUUUUUAUUAUUAAAGGAAACGAAUGUUGGUACGAAUAACGAUUGUGUGUUUAAAGUUGGUGAUGUAUUUAAGUCUUUUAAUGAAUUUAAAUAUAAAUUAAACGAUUAUUCAACAAAUAUUGGAGGAAUCAGUCACAGGAUCGGCAAACAAGCAAACAACCAAAGGAAAUCACAAUCACAAAAAUCUGACUUUCCACCAUUUAUAGUCAAGUUUAAAGAGGAUCAACAAGAAUUAACCGAUCGGAAACUAAUUGAUGAACUAAUUACAGUUUGGAAAAAUCAACAUAACAAAGAUAUCAAUAUUACUGGUAGAUUUGGUGAUAAGCAGUGGCUACUGAUAUUUGCAAAUGAGCCACAAACAUUUGAGGAUCUGCUAAACGCACAAAGUUGGCCAGACAAGUUGAACAAUAGCGAAAUAUUGAUCAAACAACCUCGUCAAUUGCCUUCGACAUAUUCACUAGUUAUACAACAAUUUCACAAAAAUUGGAAAGAAAAAGAAGUUCUAGAAGAACUGAAAUUACAAUAUUUAUCAUUAAAAAACUUAACAAGAAUGUUCACAAAAGACGAAACUUCAAUGAAUAUUGUCAGAGCGGAUUUUUCGUCAUUAAGAGAAGUUCAAGAUUUACUAGCAAUAGGAUCAAUAUCAAUUAGUCAUCUAAAACACAAGGUUAAACAGUAUUAUGCACCAAUUAGAAUCCAAAAGUGCAUGAAAUGUUUCAGUCAUGCUCAUCCUACAAAUAACUCCCAGCAAAGCCAUCAGAUGUGUAUUAGGUGUGGACAGCAGCAUGCAUUUAAUAAUGAGUGUAAAAAUGAAAUUAAGUGUAUUAAUUGUCAUGGUGAACAUUAUGCUGGCCAUUCCUCGUGCCCCAAAGUACAGAAAAUAAGAAAAGAAAUCAGUGAAAAGUAUAAAACCAACCGAGCAGAACUUAUGGUUGGAUUUGAACAACAACAACAAGAACAUAAUUAA